AUGUUCUUCUCUCUCUCUCUGACUUUUGAUAUUCCAUGGCAACCACUGCGAUUGAAACCCAGAAGAAGGAAGUGUAUUCGGUGUGGGCAAUCCCACCGGACCACGUGCGUCCCAGGAUCGCCAAGCUCAUGACCGACCUCCGAUCCGAGUUCGGCGGCCCCCACUUCGAACCCCACAUCACCGUCGUUGGAGCCAUCACCUUGACCGCCGACGACGCCCUCAACAAGCUCCGGUCAGCGUGCGAGGAGCUCAAGGCCUUCCAAGUCACCGUUGACCGUGUCGCCGCCGGCACCUUCUUCUAUCAGUGUGUUUAUCUCCUCCUUCAUCCCUCUCCUCCGGUAGUGGAGACAAGUGCACACUGCAGCAACCAUUUUGGUUAUAAGAGUUCAACUCCUUACAUGCCACACUUGAGCCUUCUAUAUGGAGAUUUGACUGAUGAAGAGAAGCAAAAGGCUCAAGAGAGAGCUAAAGUUCUUGACUACAGUCUCAGUGGCUUGAGCUUUGAGAUUACUCGGCUUGCAUUGUACAAAACAGACACUGAAGACAAAACUCUGAAAUCUUGGGAGAAAAUUGCUGAAUGCACCCUUAGUUCAAGUUAGCUUGACACAUUAACGCCAGCACAAGCUGUUGUGUACAAAAAAUAAAGAACACUUCUGUGUUAUGACCUCUACUGUUGUCUUAAAUAUCUUCUAAACUGAUUGGGAUAUUAUAAAGUGGACAAUUAUAAAAGUGGUCCACCCGUGAAACAUCAUAGUGGUGAAGUAUGAUGUUCACCGUGGACCAUUUUCAAAUUGGCCUGCAUAUACCGACCCGAACUGUUUGUUUUCUGCAUCUGUGUUCUAUGGUUUUUUAUACUCUGUUUGCCA